AUGAGUAUUAUUUGUGAGAAAUUACUUAUUAUCAUUGGUGAAAAAAUAGGUGGCAAAGCAUCAGAUGCUGAUGCGUCUAAAAAAGAAAAAAACGUUCGACCACCAGAUAUUGGUACAUCUGGGAAAGGGCAAACAUCCGAAGAAACUCCCUUGCUAAGGGAACAGUCUACUGUUUCCAUGGAUGUUGUGAGUGUUGAAAAAAUCAAGAAAUGGAGUCUGCAACAAGUUCUUGAAUUUCUUGAAAAAAAGAAAGAUGAGCUAUUUCUAAAUAACGACGACAUUAAGAUAAUCAAGGACAACAGAGUUUCCGGUCAAGCUUUCCUUCGCUUAACUGCAGAAAAACUUAUAUCUCCACCUUACAAUCUUCCUGGUGGUCCAGCAGAAACAAUCACAGGGUUGAUUGACACGAUUAAGGGUGGCGAAGAGCAAGAUGUAAUCACCGAAAUUCAUGAAAUGCAUAGUAAACUUACUCAACCAACUAUUGAGACUAUAUCCAUCUCUAAACUCAAUACAGGGAACUUUCAACUUUUAAAAAACCAUCUUAAUCUCGACAUUGAAAAUGUUUACUUCGACAAUAUCCCCAUUGAUAGUAAUGCAUCACCACCAGCUUUCGAAUGGAAGGAUAAGUCAGAACCAGUGCAUAAAGAUGAAUAUUUGGAAUGGUUAAACAAAUACAUUCCUUUGACUGAUGGCCGUAUUUGGUAUGAUGUUGGGGAUAACCACAGCUUACUAGACGUGUAUAAGGACUCCAGGUUACCCUUUAAUGUUCAUGGUGGAACUGAUGUAGUGGUUGUGAAUAACUAUGAUGUUGCAAGUCGUUUGAUUCCUGAAAGUAUUUAUGCAGUUCUGGAGUUGAAAAAAAAGAUCGAGAGGAAUCAUGUGAUGCAAGUCAUUUUAGAAAUGGUAAUUGCUGAUUUGAUUACCCCCAAAAGUAGGAUCGUUUUUGGAAUCAUAUCAGACCUCAUGGAUGAUUGGCAAAUUUUCUGGUUGGAAGAUGAUAGGACAAUAAAGAGUUGGAACGCACCAAGUCGGAAUGUUGCAAUUCAAGUAUUAAGUGAACUCUUAAGAGACAAACCCAAAGCAAAUCAGGAGAAUACAUCAAUCAUCAUUCCGGCUGCCAAACGUGUCAAGUUAAAUACUUUGUUACCUGAUAGAAGUGAAGAUGACAUUGCUCGGAUUGAAGAUGUAUAUGAUGUUAUGUCAAAGGAAGAAAUCUGGCACCAUAAAGUUGGAGUUGCUUCAGAAAUUGUCAGAAAUAUUCCUUCUUUUUCGUCAAUGUAUGCAUAA